AUGCCACCUAAAUUCGCCUUGGUCCAAAAGAGUGUGAGCAGAAGCAUCAGUCUCUCAGCAAAAAUACUUGACCUUAAUGAAUUUUUUGACGAUCCUAAAAACUGGGGAGUGGUUAGUGUCAAAGCUGGAAGGCCAUGGCGCGUAGACGAGCUACGCCGUAAAAAUUCCGCCGACCUCCAUUGUCUGUGGUAUAUUCUCCUCAAGGAACGAAAUAUGUUGAUGACAAUGGAGGAGGAGCAUUGGCGAAGGCUCGAACGUAUGCCCAACCCGGAGCGCUUUGAAAAGGUUGAAGAGAGCAUGGAAAAUAUUCUUCAAGUGAUUGAGGAGCGCGACAAAGCUAUCUGUGAGCUGGAGCGCGGUGAAUGGGUGGGUCCAAGAGAGGUGGAGGGUGUGGACAAGCUGGGUCGUCCGGUCCAACGACUGACUGAGGAACACCUAGAACCUCAGACAAGCACAGACGCGGAAGACGAAAUGUUUUCAACGUGGACACUCCGGUACCUUCGUGCGGAGCGUGAGAAAGCGAUACGCAUUCGUCGGGAGAGCGAAAGAGCAGAGAGAUUUAAGAGCGAAUUCGAUCGACGACGCCGCGUGUUCAAGAUAUUAGAUGAGGAUUCAUUUGAGCGUCGUCCAACCUCAUCCACUGUUGCAGUCGAGGGAAGUAAUAACUAA